AUGAAUCCUCCGAUGAUCGUCUCCACCAACUCCGUCUCCACGACCAGAAGUAAGGACCUUUUCACCGUCCGACAGGUCCUCCUGCGGUCUUCCUGAGAUGUUUGCCGUUUAUUGAUCAGCCGAGACUUAAAAUCAUGGAGCUAGCUGUGCUAGCUAUUAGCCGCUAACUCAGUUCUGUUUGCAGAGAGUUAGAAUAUAUAUAUAUAUAUAUAUAUAUAUAUAUAUAUAUAUGUGUGUGUGUGUGUGUGUGUGUGUGUGUGUGUGUGUGUGUGUAUAAGAGAGAGAGAGUAAAGACUUUAAUUCAGGUUCAAUGAACAGGAUAAAUGUACAGAUUAAGUUUAAUUACAGUCAAGAUGACUAUACUUUUUAAUUUCAAUAACAGUAAUUCAAAUUAUCCCGACUGAGAUAAAUUACAGCCUGUGACCUACACAGAUAAAGCUGAAUAAACAGUUUCCCUGCAGAGAAAAUAAAAAAGAAGAAAACACAGUAAAUGUGAAGUAAAAACUGACAUUUGUGUGAAAUAACUUUAAAGUCUAUAUAGUUUGUAAAAUUUUAAAAUAAAUGAUUUUAAUUCAGGUAAAUACACAGGGAGAUAAAUGGAGACAUGUAAGUAUUUAUCAGAGUACUUUAGUGCCAGAAAAGUUGAAGUAUUUACAGAAAUCAGAGUGAUGCAGUCAUGUUAAAAAAGAAUAUAAGUGUGAAAAUGUUAAUUCAUUUAAAGAAGUCGCAAAAGAAGGUUAUAUUUGUUUAUUUACUGAUUAUUUGUUAGGGAAAAUUGCUCUGUAGUAUCUUAUAGUGGCCUAUUUACACAUGACGUAAUACUAAUGUAAAUUAACUAUAUAACCGUUAAAUAAGGACUUCAACAGAGAUGGACAGCAGCACAACAACAGUCAAACCAUGAGCACAUUUGUGAGUAAGGUGGGCUUUCACACGUGUUUGUAUGUGAUCUGUAGUUUUUAAGUCUCUCACUUUCUGUCCUUCUGUGUUCAAAGCCUAAAAUCCUCCAUUUAAUGUGGUAUAGCAUUUUUUAGUUUUAUUCCUCUCACUUAGACAGAUGAUUGACCGAAGGUUGUUUGGUUUGUUCAAUAUCCUGUUCCUCUAUCUCUGAUUUCACCACUUUGGUUAUUUACCAGCAGACUCAAUAUUUCUGGUGCAAUUAAUAAAUGAAAACAUUGUUAAAAUGACGGACUCAGAGUAAGUAAUAAUGCCAAUGUUUUAGGCAUUUUCCCUCUUAAGUAAUCAAUCAAUAAAUAUAGCUAACCCUUUUUUUAUAUUUCUUAAAUUUUGGUAACAUUUAUAUAUGUUAACCACUGCAGGGUUAACAAAGGAAUUUCUGACCCCUGCCCCUUUCAGUCAUUAAAUAUAAGAUAGGAUGAGAUAAGAUGUUCCUUUAAUACAGGGAAAUUCCAAAUUUACAGCAGCAUACAGACAUACAAAGAGAAAUUAAAGUAGAAAUUAAAGCAUAUAUGACAAAGACAAAAAUAUGUUAAACUGUGAACUGUUUUCUUCUUGCAAUGGGAAACUGUGGACAUCACCAUGACAGGAAAUAAUAAAUUAUAAUGGAGGACAAUAUAGUAUAGUAUAUACGACAUAUAGGACAGUAUAGCAUUAUACUGCUAUAUAGUCCUUCACAGUACUGGUUUUCAAAGCAACACAACUCAUCAUAUCUCAUCAAAGUCCCAAACUGUAGCUAUAUCAAGCACUGGUACAGUUGAAGAAAACGGUGUCUCUCUUCGGGUAUGAUUUAGAGCAGCAGUGUCAGGUAUGUAUUAAAAUAAAUUAGAUAAAUUAAAAAUAAAUUAAAAUAAAGACUCAGGUGUUCAGACGGAUCAUUUGCACACGGACAUGUAAUAUUUCUAAGAAGGACCCUUAGUUAAAACGUAACCAAUAAAAAAUCUUCAUUCCUCUAACAAAACCUCUGAUCCUUUCAUAGCUGAUCUCCACUGACUGAUCCUUGAACCGCUCUGAACUCUGUCUUUGUCUUCAGGGAAACGAGAGGCAGAGCGCUCUGUCAAUUGGACAGUGGAAGAGACUCAGGUGCUGCUGUGCGCCUGGAGCGAUGAGCGUGUACAGAAGAGUCUGGCAGAAAACCUCAGAAACCGGCAUGUCUUCAAACACCUCUCGGCCCGAAUGAGUGAAAUGGGAUUCUCCAGGAGUCCUCACCAGUGCCGACUCCGGGUCAAAACUCUGAAAGCCAAUUACGUGAGGGCCAAACUGCAGAGGAGCGUGGACAGCUCACAGCCCUGCACCUUUAAAUACUUCGCGGAGAUGGAUGCCGUUUUAGGCCGCAGGUCAGCUGAGGGGGAGGGAAGGGCCUACUUUAUUUCACCUGAACGGAUGGUUGAGUGUCACCUUAACUCCAUCAAUGGGACAGGAAGUAUCCUGCCAGAUUUAAACUCUAACACGGAGAACAGCGGACACCAUUUUGGUUCUUCAGGGAGGACGGAGAGACAGAGUUUGAGCUCCUCAGAGGAGAGAGGAGGACAUCAGUCCUGGCAGCUGGACUCUGAGGUCAAGGUGGAGGAUGGAGAGGUUUCAACAGAUGAGUUUGAGUUCAGCAGCCCUGGAUUCCCGAGAGACAAGCAUGAGGUGUACCUGGAACCGUCCUUGCAUAGAGACAUGAGCGGUACGUACAGAGACAGAUUCAUCAUCAUGAGAGACUUAGGGUUACAAAGUGCUGAUGAAAAAAGACUAUGUUGACUCAUUCCUCAGAGCUUUAAUGGCUUUUUGAUGCUUCUUACAGACUGGCCAAACUGGGAUCUUAGUCACCUGGUUAGCUGUUACUGUAGCUUUAUAAAACACAUAAAAAGGCACAGAAAUAUUGACUGUAGAGUAGAGAACACUUCAGUAAUCUUUAUUUGUAUGUCACCUGAUCUGCUGUCAUUUCACCUUCUGGUGAAAUAAAGAGUCAAUCAAACCGACCAAAUAAAGCUUAGAUAAAGAAGAGAGUUCAUGAAACAAAGACAACAGUCCUCUCAGGGUUAUGGAAAUCAGAUGUAGAGAUCGGUGAUGCUCUUGUUUUUCUUUAACCUCACUUUCAGGUGUGUCACCAUCCCUGAAUUAUGUUUGCAAACUACUCCAUAACACUCACGGAAAAAGGAAACUUCUUGAAGUUGUUUUGCAACCUCCUCUUUCAACAGGCUUAGUGUUUUUAUCAUCACUUGUUGUCUUCUUUCUCUCAGGAAACGAGCCAAACAAACGAGUGUUUUUGUACAAUUACAAGCUGCAACAACAGUUUCCCCUCUUUCUCAAAGCUCCACCCUCUGCUUCAGAUCUAUAUAUGUAUGGGAAAGAUGUUGGUCAGUGUCGGCCUCGCUCUGUAAGGCCCAGAAUCUGUGCACAAGAGAGAUGGUGUUUGAUAAAUUCAGCAAAACCCUCAAAAACAAGAAGAGCUCUGAGAAAGAUGAUUCUGGGCUCCUUCAGAGUAAUGCAAGGCCUGUACAGUCUGCCUGAAGAGUUUACCAGAAUCUCCUCUCCUACCCAGAAACCCUUACAAAUGCACUGAUAGAGCAGAUGUUGUUACUGGGGAGUAGAAAAGUCCAAAUGUCAAAAAGCAAUUUUGAUUUCUUCAAAGAACAAGUAGUGGCUCAUUUUACUGCUGCUGAAAUGUUUCAUACACACAAAAAAUGUUUGUUACUGUAAGCUUGAACCAAAUCAUUCAUUGAAAGACUUUCAGGUCCAGAACCUCCAGAAAAUGAUCUCUGACCUCAUCUUCUGUCCUGUGUCACAGCUCCACAACUGGGAAACAGCCUAAGCAGCCCGUCUCCACCUGUGGCACAACCUCCUCCACCUGACCAAUCGGCUUCCCCACCUCCCCCUGCACCCCUGGAUCCAAGUCCUACCAUCAUUCCCACUCCUAACCCCCCUCAACCAGAGUCCAGUGGCCUAGACCCGGUCGUUAAACAGCUGUCUGAGUGUUUCCAGGGUCUGGUUUCAGAGACCAGGAGCCUCCUUUUGCAGCUGGAGACUCAGCGUCAGGAGCAGGCGCGCUGGCAUCAGGAGCUCCUCACUCAAUGGCUAGGGAGGGAGGAGCGGCGGCUGAGGGAGACCGCUGAGAGGGAGGAGAGGAGGGAGAAGGCUCGCAUGGAGCACGAGAUCCGAGUACUGGAGCUGCUCACCAGUUUAGCCAGAGAAAAUAGGUGUAGGUGUGUAGGCGGACAGACUGCAGCAGAGGGAGUUGGAGUCGUGAACCGAACCAGGGACAGAGACAGAGACUAGGAUUAGCUCAGAACCGUGAACUUUACAGCUUUAACCCAAAGAGUGGAGGCUCAAGUGCAUCUCCAAACUGCACUUGCAGUUAAAAAAAUCACAGUCUGGUUACUCUGCAAAAUGUUGACUGAUCUGAAAGAAGGAAAAGCCCCUCAAAUCCCAGAGGACUGAUCACUAAACUCUGAUCUGAAGCAUGGAAGAAGAACUAGGGCUGAGCUUCAGAGACGAAGACGUUUGUCCUCACUGGCGUCUGUUUUAUCACCUCUGUGAGAAUCUCUCAGGUUUAAGUUGAUCUUCAUAACAGACCAAAACUGUUUGUGCACUUUGACAUGAAUUAAAAGUUUCACUUUUGAACUUUGUGUGUGUGUUUAUGUGGAAGUGUGUUUGCUGAUGGAUGAAUCUUUUGGAACUAACUCCCUCAUCUGAACUCUGAGUUGGCCACAGUAACACGUGACUGAAGCCCCUUCAACCAAAGUGAGGGUUUCAGCACUUGAGUUACUUCAGCUCAGAUACCUGACAGCUGACUUGAGGGGCCUGAAAUCACACACCCAGAUGAGUGUGAGAGCUGUUAUUGUGAUGAGAGUGAGCUGUGGUCGAGCUCUGCAGUAUGACAGGACUCUGGAUGUCAAAGUUUGUCUGUGGCUUUGCUCCAUCAAGUUAUCUCAGGACUCUUUAUAGAGAAGGCAGUUCCACACUGAACUCACAGUGAAGAGCAUGAGGAGAGAAGGUGGUUUAUUGAUUCUUCAUCAGCUCUGGUGUCUGACAUGAUCAGAAAAUCUGACCCUUGACCUUGAAAGUCAGGUUUUGAAGUGUUUAUCAUGGUUCAGGAUGUUUGUAUCCAUGAGGAGGACAAUGCUCAGUGACCUCAGUGCCACAGCGGGACGAACGUCAAACUUGCCCGUGUAAAUCUGUGUGUGCUGAUGUUAUCGUCUCUGCUGGCUGACAGGAAUGCAGCUCAAACAUCAAAACAUUUAUUUGUGUCUCUGCAGGAACAUGUUUAAAAUAAGAACAGCAGCCUGGGACGGAUACUUGCAUAACAGACCUUUAGCAUGGUUCUGGUACCAAAGUGAGCAGCAUACACCCUCACUUACAAUAAAGGGAAGGACAUAAUGGACCUGAUAUCAGCGGGUAUCAGAGGUGUGUGUUUUACAGUCUGACCUUGUUGAAGUCAGUGUGUGUAAAGUGUUGUUCAAGCUUUGCCUACAGCUGCCUGACCACACUACACUCACAUCCUUCCAUCCUGUUGUUUCCUUGUUUCUCUACAGCUUUGCCUCUUCCUCCAGAUAGUGAUUUUUUCAGAGUUACCCUCAAUCUUUGGGUCUUUGUACUCAGGUCAAACUUUUCUUUUAUCUCAGCCCAUCAAAGACACAUCACAGUGUUGCAUCUGCACAUGGUGCAAACAAACAGGCUGUCUGAUGGUUUCUCAGUCAGGUUUACACUGACACUGAAAUGUUUUCAUCGUCCCAUGUCAGAGUCGACCUGCAUGCAGAAAACUGUAGCCUAGCUUGCAUGCCCUCCUUUUGAUAAUAAUUGGAACCCUUCUUCAGCUCUUUGCCUCUAAAUGUGACUGAAACUAUGUGCUCGGGCUCAAGAUGAACUGGUAGUCAGCUGUUACAUUUCUUCUCCUAUAUUCCAGAUAAACUCUCAAGUUUCCCAGAAUUUCUUUGACAGUGAUAAAAAAGAAAUUACAAAGAUGAAUUCCCCAAAUGUUCAGUUUGGUUUCACUUCACACUUGUGUUUUAGGUCUGUGGUUUCUUUUCUUUCCAUCCUGAUCUCUGUGGUUCAACUCUGCUGGCCCUUUCAGUGAGAGGAAGCUGGAUAAGGGUGCCUACGUAAAUCUGCACUAAAAUCAGAUGAUGUAACUUCUCUGGAUGUUGAUGAAAUUUGGGAUGAUUCGUCGAUAUUUCACUGAGGCUUAUUACUCUGCUGGCAAACCCAACAGGCCCAAAGGUACUGCUGCCCAUGAAUCAGAGCUGUGAGAACGUUUGGUCUUGACAUCUUCACUUGUGUGAGGACACCUAAGUGUGUAAAGCACAUGUUUCCUGCAGAAAUCGAGAGCAAAAGAGAAAAACUGUUUUCCUCUACCUACUCAGUCAGUGAAGUCAUCAAUUCAUUUCCAAUUCACUUCUUUUCAAAAAAAGUCAAUAAAUUAGCUGGUUAUCACACCGAUGCCCUCUUUUACUCAGCAGUUACACAUUCAGAGCAUGAGAUCGCCAGUAAAAGCCUCACCAACAGAUGUAUCACAGCUCACACAUACAUGCGACUGUGUUUCCUUUUAUUUCAUGUUUUUCAGUGCAUUUUUCUUCUAUUUGAUCAAAUAACUCAGCCCUAGUCUAGACUGGUCUUUAAAUCCUGAGGCUGGAUGAGGGAUAAAUACUGAAGGGUAAGUUAGUUCUGUUAGAGACAGAAACAUGAUGAGUUUAAGGGCAUCCAGAGGGAACUUUUUUUUUCAAAGCUGUGCUUACUGUAGGGACACCCACACUAUGUUAUACUAUGUUUUCAAGUUUUAUGUACUGUAAAGGCAUCAAGGGAGUACUUUUUAAUGUUCGAUAUACUGAUAGGGUAACCAGGGACCACUUUUUUACAUUAUGUGCAUUAAAGUACAUCCAGAUGGUGUUUGUUCAGUGUUUUACCCAGAAGAAGUGUGUCCAGAAUGAGCUUUAACCAGAUUUGUACACUAAAAGACAUCCACGGAGACAAGACAUAUUUUAUCAGCUGGAGAGGCAUACAUACACGGUAUAACUUUUUGUAAGGCUGCAUGGGGGGGAUUCUGCUGUGUUUCCCUGACACACACAAACACCAUUUCCCACACAAACACAAUUUACAGAAACUACGAUAAUAACACCAACAAAUUUUCCAGACAUGAGCUGGGAUUCCCUGAGGCUCAAAUCACACCAUCGCUGAAUGAGGAAGUAAAACAGAGAAAACAGAGAGAAAAGCACCAAUGGAAAAACCGUCAGAGGGUGAGAGAGAAAGUGAAGAUGAAGAGAGACAAGUGCAAAUGAAGGGGGGGGGGGGGGGGGAGUGCAGACAGGGAGAAGGGGGAGGAGAGAGGCUCUGAUUGGCUGCUGCUUUUCCGGCACAGUGAAGUCUUGAGGCUGCGCGCGGAUCUGAGCUCAAACACACGGAGAGAGGACACAGAGGAAGUAAGCGUACAGCCAGAGUUCAUUCAUCAUGUCACUCUGAUUUCUUCUUGUACUUUUACCGCUGCACUCACACCGUGGACACGCAGUUUACUCCCUGUAUUAGCAGCUGAAUGAUGCGGCAGUAAGGAACCGGAGCCGAGGAGGGUCGUCUGCGCUUACCGCUUCGCUUUUAUUCUCGUGUGAACGGAGAAAGUCCGCUUGGAGAGGCUGUUUGUUUGGAACAUUUCGGAGCGGAAUACAAGGAGGAUUCCCACUUGGAGUACUGCUUGUUGAGGUGAGCUCACAGGAUUUACGGAAAGGGUAUUUUUUUGUGGUUUGGGGUGUAUUGAAUUCAGUGGUGUUUGUGCGCUUUGAAGAUUCGUUGUUUGUCCAGAAUGCGCGCAGGUGGUGAGGAGAGAGCGCACUUUGUCUGCAGCCAAAGAGGAUCAGGAGCGUGACUUGGUGCUGUCUACUCUCAGUCUGUUAUUUUACUACUUGAGUUCAGAUUUGAAGCUUGCAGGUUCAGAUGUCGGUGUCUGCACAUUUUUUUUGCAGUCUAAGGGCUUUCCGUGUGCCUUUGUCACAUUUUGUCUACACCUUUCCACCUGAAUCCAAACACAUAGCGUAAUAGCUCCUGAAUUGACUGUCUGUCUUUGAUACUGUUUUUUUUCCAUCCCGGGCUUUAAUUUCUGACCCCUGACAUUUACCCCAUUAACGAGGUCUAAAAAAUCGGUGUCAAUGGCGUUCAUUUUGAUCCUUCUGGCUAAGAGGAUUCUCCCUCCCCGUAAGACAGCGGGGAUCAGUGAGUAAAUCCAGAAUCUCUCCUGUGAACGCGCCCGGUGUUCUCCUUGGCUCUCGCUUUGUGUGACACAGUGUGUGUGUGUGUGUGUGUGUGUGUGUGUGUGUGUGUGUGUGUGUGUGUGUGUUUUUGUGUGUGUGUGUGUGUGUGCGCGCGCGCGCUAAUUCUGUUUAAUGUGCUGACAUGUUGAAUCCGGUUAUUGGUGAUAGUGACAGAGGGAUCCUCCUCUGAGCGCUGCGCGGAGUUGCUGCUAAAGUGGAUUAUAGAGCUGCGAUUGUGCAUGUGGAUGGCUUUUGUUAGUGCAAAUGCAGACAAAUAGGGCCUUAGGGGUAUGGGAGGUUUCCUGUCAACCUGGAUGGGUCGGAGGACAGAUAGUCAAUUUCAAAACAAGCCUUUUCAAAAUAACCCUAUAUCAUUUGCUUAAACCCUGGAUAGUAUUGAUUUAUUGAUCUGGUAAGCCAUAACCCCUACCCCCCCCCCCACCCCCACCCCCACCCCAAAUAUCAGGGUUUUUGCAGAGAAUGUAGACCUUAUUUCCAUCCUGUCACCUAAGUAAUUUAAUUUUUUGCCAGCCUUUGCAAAGUUGUCAUGAAUUCUUAAAGCUCCCAAAAUCCAAAGUACUCACAAUGGUGUUUCUGCAGCACCCACUGUGCAGGAUGUCUGCAGGGGUCCUGGGUGUGUCUGUCACAGAAUGAUGAGUCCAGGUGACAGAGUCUGGUCAUGGAAGCUCAGAGCAGCAGCUGCAGACAUUACUACCAGUCUAAACACUGCUGGUAGAGCAACAGUCAUCAAUGCUCUGUGUGGGGACUGCGGGGGAUGCUGUUGUCCAACCUCCUGCUGCUGGACAGUGCUUUGCAGCACACUUUAAAUGUGGAGGAACAGCAGUGAUAACAUCAUUGAAGUUCAGUCUAGGGUUCUGUAAAGUAAACGUGCAGCAUGAGGGACAUGAGAGACAAAUGCCCUAUUUCGACUAAACCUGUCUGUUUAAAUACUCAGCAGAGCAGCUGAUAGGUGGAUUUUUUUAGGCACACGCCUCCACAAAGCACACGCUUUGAUUUUGGUGUAGAAAAUGUAAAGCUUAAUUUUUAAAACUUAUGUUGCACAAAGUUUAGACUCUGGUCCCAUGUUUACCCUGAAUCAGCAGGACUCAGGUGACUCAUGAUGUCAGGUCUCUGAUAAGUCCCAGAUCUCUGCUGUUGGGAUUUAGACUAUAAGUUUGUCAUUGAGUCCUCUGUGGUCCAGCUGUGUCUAUCAGAGAUGUUUUUGGUGUGGGAGCUGAAGGAGGAUAUUUGCAGUUGCUUCAGCUUUGGGUCCGAACAUGGUGGCUGUGCAGCUCCCUCACACAGGUGGGUUUGUACAGAAGUCUCUCUGACCACACACACACUGAGCAGCCGUCUGUAUUUAAAGCACCUUUACUCCUCCUCCUCUGUGCAGACACUCUGAUAUCUCUCACCCUCAUUUCCUGCAGACAUGGAUGAGUGAAUUCCUCAUGCUGUUCAGUGUUUACACAGCAGGCUGUUGAUUUACUGCUGUCCCCCCCAAUGGUCCCCCUCCUCCCCUUACAAAUACAGAGCAGAAAACUCCUUUCUUCUCUUUCUCUGAGAAAGCUGUCUUGCUCAGGCUGCAGAGAAACUUUUAUCACAUCACAAAUCUUAGCCUUUUACUGCUCUGACCUGAGAGCUGCUGUGAGGCUGAAGACACAUCCCAGUAAAGAGACUCAGGGAAGUGUUUUAACAUCAAACCUGUGUCUAGAUGUGCGUGUGCUUCCUGCACCACAGGAACUCUGUGUGUGUCCAGUUUUUCCUCUGCAGCCUCUGAUCCGCUGAUGACUGUCAUCAUUAGUGUCGUUAACACUGCGGGCAUGGCGGGAAGAGCCCUGUCCAUUCUCUGAGAGUUUUAGUGACACUUCUAGGGAAAUAACAGUCCAGCCUCAGACGCUCUCAGCAGCCCCACCCUGAUGUUCAGAGACAGAAAUCACUGGGAAGCUUGUGUCACAGACGGCUCUGCAGCCUGGAGGGUAUUUCAUCUAAACACUGAGUUUGACUCCUGGUGUGACAUUUCCCUGAGGUGCUCUAAAAGCUGAUGCUCUUCUCUCUCUAAACGCCCCCAAAGGCCGAAAAGGAAAAUAUUUUGACAUUUCUGAAAUUUAUCCUUCACUCAUGACCUCAAACUAAAAUGUCCCUUUCUCACUCCCCCUCCAAGUCAUAUUUCUCCCACACAUAAUUACUUUCAUCUCUUUCACUUUCAGUUUGCAGGGCUUUGUCCUGGUUAAUGAGUUACAUGUGUCUGCAGAUUCAAGACUGCAGUUUUAAGACACCACCUGUGCAGGAACCACAUUUGUGAUGUCUAAAUACAUCUUUAAGUUUCUAACUAAAUGUGUCCUGUCAAUGCAGUCCUGAAACUGUAGCCUUCAGCUCUGCAGACACAUGCUGUUAGUUUAAAUUCUUGACCGACAGAGAAAGAGUCCCGGCCAGAUAAUAUCAGAGUUCCACAAGUCAAAGCAAGAGUAUAUGAGAGUAAAACAUCAGCAGAAAAGACUGCAGAAAAUAACGGUGGAAGUGUAAGUCACCCUGGAGUCUGAUCACAGUUUAAAGGGUUCCUGUCUCCUGUUUCUAAUAGAUUUUGAUGUCUGUAAAAUCCCCCAGAUUUCUGAGCACAUGUGCUCAAAAGCAAACAUUCACUUCAGUCUUUAUCCUGGUGUUUUCACAGGAGCCUGUUUUUUUCCUCCAGGAUGAGCAAAGGCAAAGAGAAAGUUAAACUACACUUCUUUACACAUGAGAGCAGAUGGCUACACACACACACACACACACACACACACACACACACGCACACACACACACACACACACACACACACACAACACACCAGAAUAAUAGCAGUAAUUAAAACCAUUCAUCCAAACCAAACAACCCCCCCCCCCAGUGUUUACCUUCAGCUGCCACCUAGCCGGGGCCGCACUAAACCACCAGCUACUUGCUAACAAUCUGCUUUUGCCAGACUGCCCCCCUUCACCAGCUUCACCAAGUCUAGUCCAGCUCCUUCACCUGGGAACCAAAUGUGGAUCAUCAGAGUCUCAGUUGUCACACAGUUUUAGGAGUCUGUGAGAAGCAGCUGCUGAAUCUGGUGUCCUCAGCGAUAUAGUGUGCAUGUUUUAGUUCUAGUUACUGCUAGUUCUAGUUACCGGUCUUUGCAUACAGACUUUCAUUUUUCUUUCUUUCCUGAAUGUGCAGCAAAAGUUCUGACCAGUGCAGAAAUGAAGCACAUUUGGAUCUUUAUUUCAGAAAUCUGUGAAAUCAAGACAACCAAGAGUCUUCAAAAAGGCCUCAAGAGCAUAGGUUUAGACAGACUGAAAGCAUGUCUGCAGACAUUUGUAGCCUAGCUUGCAUGCUGAUUUUCUUGGCAGUUCCCUUUUCAAGGGGCCGAGUGACAUGUAGGUCAUACAGUCACACUUGAAACAUACUGAAACAGACCAUUAAAAUGAGAUCAUAGCGACAUUUAAAGCAAAUUUGUGACAUAGGGAGUAAAUAUAAGGAGAACUUUCCUCACCAGUAGGUGGGUCAGGGAUCUGCUGGUUCAGAUCCCAGGACCGAAUGAGCCCUCUACAGUCCAUCAUCAUCUGUUUCAUCUUAAAGCUCAGAUGUUUCAGCUCAUUGGUGGUUUUACUUAGAAGUCAAAAACUCUGAGGUGGGAGGAGCUCCAAAAUCCAUCUGUAGCAAGUAAACAAAUCCAGAAACAUUCAACUCUCAUGGUGUUUCCCUCCAUCACACUCUUGAUCUUCCCCUGUGUGUGUGCGUGCGCGUGUGAGUGUGUGAGCGUGCAUGCGUUUGUUCAUGCGUGCAAUGCUUUAGCAUCGAGGACACAUGGUGCAGCAGAUGCUUGGCUCUCUUGCUACUCUUUCUCAUGGAAAUGUGUGUGUCCGUCUGGAUGAAUAACAGUGGUGUGUGUACGUGUGUGUUUUAUGCAGACAUGCGUGUUGGAGAGGAUAAGUGUGUGUGUCUGCAUGUGUGUCUGCGUGUGUGCACACAGUGAAGGAGGCCUGCAGUGAACUUGUGAUUAAUCUGUGUGUGUGUGUGUAUGUGUUUGUUUGUAGCUGUGUGAUCCUGGGAGAAAACGGAGUCUUGUGAUUUCUCUAAAGGUUAAUCUCAGACUCGGAAUAAUAUCAGAAAAGAAACACGAUGAUCCAGUUUGGAGCACAGAGAAAUCCAAACCAUAAGAGCUUCAGCCUUUUUUUUUUUUUGCAGACAUGAAGCAGAGACCUUUGUCUUUUACUGUAGGACAGAUUUCCUUAUUUUUGAUAAGCAACAACUAUGCACCCAGUCCUAUUCUGCACAUGAAACAAAUCUACACAAAUAAGAAAAGGGCCAAAAGUUCAACACGCUCAGGGUGUUGAAUGUCUUUUCUUCAUCCAUGUCUCCCUGAUAUUUAUGAACUGUGUGUCAAAGAAGCUAAAUCUCAUUAAAAAGAGCCAGAUGAUCAUAUUUCUAAACUGCAGGAACAAUCCUUCAGUCCUUCUCCACUGGGGGCUGUUUAACCCUGUAAAACCAUUUUCAACCAUUCAGAUGUUGUAGGAGGCCUUUGGGGGUGAAAAUGGAGUGUUUUCAAAAAUGUUAUGUUUUAGUAAGUUUUUACGGAAAUGUUGUAAUAUUGCAACGUUGGGCUUGAUGGACAGCAGAAUCUUCUGUAUUUCCACUCUUUGUCUGAACUAGUGCUGCAACUAACGAUUAUUUUUUUGUCGACUAAACUAUCGACUAUUCGUCCGAUUAAUCACGAUUAAUCACUAUCUUCUUUAUUUAUAAACACCUAUUUCCGAGGUGUCGGCGUUUCAGGUGCUCAUGCAUCGCCGUGGUGCUGCCAUGGUAGGAAAGCUGAGCUUUGAUCAACGUGUUUUUUUGGUUUGUUCUCCGUAAAAUGUUCCCAAAAUUUUGAAGUUUUGGGUCGGAGUUUUGGAGCGUCUUUUUCAGUUUGUUCUGCCAUAAUGUGUGCACUCUUCUUCUGUGUUUGCUCGCGGGAUGUAAACAGCGAGCGCUACUGCCUCCAGCACAUCCUGUAGUGCACUGCAGUUACAGAUGAGCAUGAGGCGCCGGCAUGUGAUUCUUAACAACAAUAACACGACGCGUCGACGCUUCGUUUUCGUGUCGAUGAAUUUGUUGUGUCGACGUAAUCGAUUACUUCGACUAAUCGUUGCAGCCCUAGUCUGAACAGCUAUACAGAACUAAGGAUUCAUUUGCAGGGUUUUGCUGUUCCCAAACCAGUAUAUAACAUGAAUAAUAAUCCCAGUCAUGUUGUUAUAAAGAGUAAUUUAUUCCAACAAGAACUUUAACAUUAAUUUACAUUAUUUACAUUAUAAGCAGUUCUUUUCCUCUGAAAAACAGAGGCAGAUAUCCAACCCAGUCUCACAGCAUCACAUUUGCUUUGGGUAUUAGCCUUUACUGCAAUGUCUGCAGCGUCCUCUCUUCGUCUUCAGUGGAAAAUGUCGUGUGAAGUCUGUGUGCACAUCCACAUUUUUUUUGCAGUGAUAGUCCUUGAAGCAGUUCUUGGCAUCGCUAUCUGAUUCUUCGUCACUUGCAUCAGUGUCGUCGAAAUCCAUGUCCACGUCAAUCUCUCUGUUUUGGACUAUGGCAAUUACAUCCUGCACACUAUACCAAGAAUCUCUCCUUGCUGGUGGCAUUCUGAAAUGGAAAAAAUAAAAUUGAAAUAAAUGUAUACACAAAUAACACACAUGCUUACUAGAAUCUAGAUGGCCAACAGGAAAGAUGGGGUGGUGGGGAGACUGAUUUCAUUAUCAGGUUUUUACACUUUGCACUGAAGUAGCCUAUUCACACAUUUCACACAAUACUGACCUAUUGACCUAUUGGACUUUAAUUAUCUUCGUAAUGGGAAUGCAUGUAGCCUCCAGUAUACAACCACACCUUACAUCCAUGAACAUUAACACCUGUUCCAGAACCAUGCCACAAAUGCACCAGGAACAUCCCUACAUGGACUAUGAAUUGCUAGGAACAUUUUCUUAUCAAGAGACUAAAACACUAGGCCUGCACGAUAUAUCGUUUGAGCAUCGUCAUCGCGAUGUACGUGUGUGGGACAGUCACAUCGCAGAGCCUGCGAUGUCAGAGGUUGAAUGAACUCAGUUAAUUUCAAGGAUAACUGACUGAGAUACACAGCAUGUGACUCUGCAUGUGCUUUGCAGCGAUCCACCAAUCACCUUCGUUCUUUACUCAGUUGCCAAUCAGACUCAGUUCUCAGUUGCCAAUCAGACUACUCUGCCAGCUGUCAAUCAAAAUCAGAGAGGAGGAAACCCACCCCUGCACAUGUUCUGCACAUGGAGGGAGUCGCUACCGGAGUUGAGCCGAGAAACGCUUGUCGGCUGAGAAUUACUUUCGGAACAUUCUUCAUCACUGUUUAGCCCAACAAAUAAGAACUGUAUGGGUUUUAAAUUGUACAUUUCCGUGGACCACUCUAUUAUAAGCAGUGCGCGUUUUGUGAGGUGCAUGCAAUUCUCGGAGGAGAUGCGUUUCUCAGCACGACCCCGUUAACAACAACAACAACGAUCGCAAACUGAGCAACAAACAGAGAAAACCACAGGAGAUGAAGACUUGUUGCCAAAAAGAAAAGGAAAGUCAGUUAUCUGGAAUUAUUUCGGUUAAAAGAAGGAUGAUGUCGACCAAAACACGUGUUAUGUGUUCACCUGUUUCCACAAUAACGUCCCAGCACAAUAAAAGCAAAAAAUAUCUCUGAGACAGACAGAAGCCAUUCUACUAACAUUCACAAAAAGAGGUAGGAUCAGUGCAGGUGAACUGUCCUCAAGAUUUCAGCAGUGCAUCACAACAUAAAGUGCUAUUCAGGUCAUCUGGUGAAAAUUCCUGUAUUUUUUAAUAUCGCAAUAUAUAUCGCAGGGUUGAAAAAAAUCGCAAUGUAAGUUUUUUCCAAUAUCGUGUAGCCUUAUAAAACACUGUGUUUAUCAUCUUAAUAGGAUUGCAUGUAGCCUCCAGUUUACAACCACACCUACAGCCAUGAACAUUACCACCUGUUCCAGAACAAUGCCUCAAAUGCACCAGGAGCAUCCCCCACAACUGCUUUGACUAAGAAUUGAUAGGAGCAUUUUCUUAUCAAUAGAGACAAAGACAAAGGGCAGACAUGCACAAACAGAAUUUCUUUGUUAGAAAGUCCUGUAUUCUGUGAUAAGGAGAAAAUACUGAGAGUGUUGAAGGUGGUUAGAAAUCAUAAGUAAAUGAAAUGUUUAGAUACAGCAAUAUAUCUUAAUAUAUAGUUUCUAAUACAAUAAAAUGUGUAAUCCAAUAUAAAGCUAAGGCUAGAAUGUGUAAAUCAUGUGUAGUUUAAAGUUAUAUCGUGAAAAUAUAACUUUAAACUACAAAGUUCCUCUCAAGACAUUCCUCUCAAAAGCAGGGCUGUUUUGGCUACCACUUUGAACCAACGUUGUAAUGUUGCAACAAUUAUAAAACAAGCUGUAAAUAAAAUGUUGGGCAUAUUUUCCACAAUAACUACAUAUGUUCAUGUUCUAGACAUUGUAAUAAACACAAACACACGUCUUGCACAGCUGGAGGGAAAGUUCACUGAACACAUGCUCUUACACACACAUUCUUGUCUGACUUUCAUUUCCAGAGCUGAGACAGAACUGAACGCCUUCUCAGGUGCAGAUAACCAGCCCAGGCCUGUGGACAUGAACCUGUAAGGGGGGCUGAAGGCUGGUGGGACUAGCUUUGCUGAUGUUAGCCACACUCAUAGUUCAGCUCCAGUGUUGAACCAGCUGUUCAGGGGUGUUUCUGGUAAUCAUUCAUUAAAGAAUUCGUCAUUUAUUUAUCUUUGAUGGAUAAAUCCAUUUUUCCAGUAAUCCUUGCAGCUUAAUUUCCAACUCUUCAAGGUUGCUGCCUCUCUGAUGAGACACCUAAUUAGCUUGAAGGGAUGUUUAAGGUGGGGUAGGCAGGAUUCUGUUAAAGAAGUAUCUUUUUUUGUGGUGUAUACAAAAAAGCUUUUAAUAUCAGUCAGUAGCUAUUAGUCACUGAUGACAUUUGAUAAUAUAAUGAUAUUGCUGUGUUUUUUUUAUGUAUGUGUAGUCAACAUUUUCAAAUUUCAGAGCACUACGCUCUUUCUGACUGUAAACAAAGCCGCCUCCCCCAACCUGAUUAGUUGUGAGGCAGAUGCUGCUCCCUCAUGUUGUGAGGCAGACGCUGUCAUUUAGCAGCCCAAACAAAGUUAACGUGCUACAAUAUCAGACAGUACAAACCAACCAGAAAGUACAGAAAAUUGUCUGAAUCCUCCUUUAGCCAUGACUGUUAACACAAGCAAGAAAACUAAGUAAAUACCUGAGAGUCUAUUGGAAUAACAGGCGCUUAAAAAGGAGGUAAACCGGACAAGAGCGAAGAGGCUGGGUCAACAAUGAUGGGGGACACUUCGGGGUCUUACGGACCCUGUAACCUUUCUGCUGGACAGGUAAACCGCUUUAACAAAGUAAGCCAAGUGUCUGUAACAGAAGUGUUUCUUGUCAAACGGGACCUGCUGCCUGUUGUAGCACCGCUAAAUUGUUUAGCUCGGGUCCUGGAGUAUGUCACUUUAUCCUAGUUGUAGAAGUCCUGCAAACGUUGUGUUUGCUGGUAGUCUGUUGGCAACUACAGUAGCACCAAUACUUUUUACUUUCACGUUGACUGGGCCCCAUUUUUUAUUAUAUGAAGUAGUGCUGGGCGAUAUGGAAAAAAAUGUAUAUCACGAUAUGGAUCAUUUUAUAUCACGAUAACGAUAUAUAUCACGAUAUAGCUAUGGUAUGCUUUCAGUUCUAUAAAAAAAUUUAAGUGUAUACAGCUGCACAAGUACCAGUACAAGACCAGCACUUAAAACUAGAAAAAUGAAUAAAUAAAUAGGUGGCUGAAGUGCGUUCAUGUCUGUGCUCACCCAAAGUUAUGCAACACUCACAGAAAACGCCGAUAGUGUGAGCCAAAGCACUCCAUAAUAAUAGUAAUAAUAAUAAUAAUAAUAAUAAUAAUAAUAAUAAUAAUAAAUUUAAUUUGUAAUGCACUUUACAUUUACAAAAAAUCUCAAAGUGCUACAGUACACAGUAAAAAAAGAGCAGCAACAAUAAAAAAGCAAUAGAAUGACAGUCACAGAUUGGCAUAAAAAAAAGAAUUAAAAAAAUAAAAAAUAUAGAGUUGCAAUGUAAGAGGCAAGGUAGUAAAAGCAUAAAGCAUAGAGGAAAACUAACCAAAGGCUUUAUUAAAAAGGUAGGUCUUUAGGGCCCUUUUGAAGAGGUUGUUCACACUGCUAGAUGUUUCUCCUCCAAAGCUGCUCUCUGCCUCCAUCAUUGUUUACUUUACUCUUGAAGCACGUAGGAAGACCCGAGCAUGAAUCUGAGCGCUUUAUUCGCCUAUCAGGGGCAGACAGGUAAGGUGAUUUGAUUCGCCACGACUCCAGAAAUGACUGAAAAUCUACAGAAUGUCACAAAAUUACGUUUCCUCGCUGCUGGCUUGAAGGGUAGAGAUGCGCAGCCGCGCUCCCAGCUGACAGGAAGUCAAACCACUGUUGUAGUUCUUUUGUGUUGCUAGCGCGGUCAAGAGUGUUGGCUCUCACUGAGAGAUGACUACAAAAAUGGACGCACCUGUUCAUCUGGUUGUUAAACACGGCUGAAAAUGAUCAUCUUUUAAUGUUGUUCCAGCUCCUGCCCACUCCCGUUGCUUUUUUUCCCGUCCCGUCCCGAUCAAGGGAUUAAUUAAAAAAUGACUCCCAUCCCGUGUGAUUCCCGCGGGAAUCACGUGACCCACGGGAAUUCCCGAAAAAUGUCAUCCUCUACAGGGAAGGUCCCGGAGCAGAUGAAACAGGUGCCGGAGCGGCUGAAAUAGGUCCCGGAUCCGAUCAAAAGAGGUCCCGGAUCGCGCUCCGACUUGCUCCGGCACAAAUUAAGCACUGCUUACAAUGAUCCCCUCACGUGUGUAACCCAGGUAACCCGCAACGGCGGGAGACGCUGGACACGAAGAGGGCACGUAAAGCGGCGUCAUGUCGCAAAAUCGACAGAGAAAUGCGAGCCUACAUGUCAACGCAUCCUUUUCUUUGUAAGAAAAUAUUGUUUUCUUUCCCGUUCGACACCAAAUAGACUUACUGAAUGUGCAAUUAUUGUUGUUGUUACUAUGAAUCAUCUGAUGGCACAAGCCCUAUGGAUAAAAUACAGCCUAUCGCCCGAAACGAUAAAAAGAAAAAUGGCACGAUAGACAUUUUCUAUCGUGCCCACGAUAUCUAUCGUCCUAUCGCCCAGCACUAAUCUGAAGUAUUUGCAUUAUAUUUGAAUUUUAUUGAAAUGAUACAAGAGAGCAGGAGCGUCUGUUUGUGGGUGAGGCUUGCUGAAGCAGGGAUGGAGGGGAGAGGAGGAGCUGAGGGGAAAACUAGUUGGGAGGGGUAGUGUUUACAUUUAAGAUUUCUCCCCAAAACUGGCACUUACUCAGAUCAUGCCUACCACACCUUUUAAUGGAGGUUUCUCAGUGGUUAAGGUUCAAUUCUCGUUCAAAGCUUGUGUUCCUGACUGUACUGCACAUGCUCAUAAACCUCCUGAGAGUCUUUUUUUCUGUACAUUUGUGUAUCAUAACCACCGUUUAACUCUCAAGCCUGUCUGUGUCUAUCCAAAACCAGAGCGAUGAAAACAUCCAGCAGAAGGAGAAUGGGACUCGACCCAAAACAAACCCAUCCUAACCCCAGUUCACCGCUGUGUUUAUGUCUAAGAGUUAUUCCUGAUCUCUGUGUCUGAACGCUUCUCUGACCCAGCAUUCCCGUCUUUGUCUCUGCAGGACAUCAUGCCUCAGACUCCACCCUUCAGCGGGCAGCUGAACUCCAGCAGCUACAACAAGAACCACCUGUACCAGAGCAAGGACGAGGGCUUCCCUGGACUCUAUUACCAUGACAAUAACCUGGUGUCCGGGUCCCUAGAGGCUCUCAUCCACCACCUGGUUCCCACAGUGGACUAUUAUCCAGACGUGAGUGCUGGUUCCUGCAUUUUGAAUCCCUGCUGCGCUCUUCCUCAUUGACUGUUGCAAUCUUUCUCUGAUUUUUCUUUUUUUAUGAUAGACCCUCUGGACCUUCCAGCCCUUUUUUUUAAAAACCCAAAAUAGUUUUUUUUUCUUCUUUGAUGCAUCUUUUUUUCUGUAAAAUACCUGCCAUCCUAGUUUUUUGUACCUUUAGACAUUGUUUCACCCAGCUGGUUUUGAUUUCAUGCCUGUUUCUAGACUUACUUGAUGUAAUAAUAGUGUUGCUUUUUCUCUCCACAGAGGACAUAUAUCUUCACCUUCCUGCUCAGCUCUCGCCUCCUCAUCCAGCCUUUUGAGCUCAUGUCCAAGGUGUGUCACCUGUGCAUGGAGCAACAGAGACUCAGCGACCCACAGGCUGACAAGGUGUGCACUGAACACUUUGCUUUCCCUCUUCAUGAAUCAUUGGGGUAUGGUGUUAUGUGCAUAUCCUCAUUUUUUCUGAGCAUGUCUUCGUCAUUCUGCACUGUCCAGAUGAGAGUGAGGAAGAUCACUCCAAAGAUUCUCCAGCUGCUGACGGAGUGGACAGAGACUUUCCCUUACGACUUUAGGGAUGAGAGGAUGAUGAGGAGUCUGAAGGAGCUGACUCACCGGCUGUCCACCGGAGACGAGGUCAGUCUUCCCUCUCAGUGCAUGAACACCAUGUUACUGAAACUGCAGGAGUGGAGCAGGUCAAGGUUUAGUUCAGGUGUUAUCAGAGGAUGUGAGGAGCUGUUCAGCACCAAAGGCACAUCAGAUCUUUGAUAGCUGACAGUGUUGGAGAUGUGUCCAGAUAUUGAUGGAGGACACAAACAUCCAUCUGUCUGUUUGAAGACCCUCCUUCUCUGUCUUUCUCCACUUUAUACAGGAAACUACAGCACCCCCCCCCCCCCCCAUCCAGCUGCAGAAGGUGUCACAUGACUCGUAAAUAGUACGAGCUCCAGUAUUGAUCCUGAUUAAAUCUACCAAUCAAUACCUGUCUCACAUGACAGGCGGACACUUUUACAGCUCAACCCCCGGACAUUAAAGGCAUCAUUGCCCACCAUCAGAUAUUCAGUCUCUCACAAAGCUCUUCUGAUUUGAGAUCUUAGCUGUACAGUUAUUUCUUGAGCUUAUCUGAGACAGCACCUGUAACCAUCACCGACUUGUAUUUGAAAUAAGAAGUGAUAUUUCAACCAGUCUAGUCUAACAGACCAAUUAGGAUCAACUGAAGCUCUACUUUGGGUUUUUAAUCUUCAGAUUUGUUGUCUUUCUGAUCAAAAUCGGUCUACCGUUCUCUGAGUGUGUUUGAAACCAUCUAAAAAAACAGCCACAUGACGACAACUAGACUUUUAGACAAAAAGCACAAAGAGAAAGGAGCUCAGAGUGAAGAGAUAAUGAACUGCAAACAAAGACAGCUUUAUCAACCCUCAACACUCUGCAGAUGAUAUCAGACAGUCUGUGUACACACGUGUUUGUGUGAGGAGAGCAGGACUAAUGUGGAGAUUGUGGAGACCAGAUCAUCCACAGAGACCCACAGAGACUGUUUACUGGUUUAUCUGAGGCUAAUCAUCUGUGGAGAUGAAGAAACUCUGUUUCCUAUAAAGACUGAAGUUUCAGUGAAGUGCCCGUCAGCAGCAGCAGAGUUACCGGUCCAGUUUGAACCCAUGAUUCUCACCAAGUCUCCAAAGACAGCUUUUAAAAACACAGAUGUCUGAGUCAAAGACGUGGUUAAAAACUAAAGAGAAAGAUGCCGAUUCUUCAGAGCCAGGACCGCAGCACUCUGGGAGUCGGUUUGGAUCCUGAAUAGCUGCCCUGAACAUCUGGGCUAGCUCAGGUCCAGACCACAUUGAAAAACCCUCCAGGACCUUGAUCCGUGCAGCAGGACUGUCAUUAUGGAUGUGGUGGGAUAUUUCAGGAAGCAGCAGGCGAGGAGAAAACAAGUGCUGUGCUCCUGCUGCUUCAAAUGAGCAGCUUUUAUUCUACUAGGAGCUCCUUCUUCAGUUUAUGAUGGUUUUAGGCUGAUUUAAGAGAUCCCACUUUAUAGAACUGAUCCGGUGGCUUGGAAACCUCCAUAUAGACUGCAGACUGUUGCACAAACAUGACUCCUUUUAAUUUGAAUGAUGCAAACAGAGGGCUGUUUGUUUGAAGUUGGUCCAGAAACCCUCCACUGCAAAAUGGACCAUUUUCUGCUAGAGGAGUUAAGCUAAACAUUAUAGAUGAUUGUUUUGAUGUGGACUUGUUUGCUCCUGGUUUAGAAAAGACCAACUUGAAGCUAAACCAAAAGAGAAGACUCAUGAUUUGUGAUCAGAGGUGGACUUGAACCAUUCUUUCCACCUCAAGUACCUCGGGGGCUUCUUAUGAACUGAUCCAGACCUUUACAUCCCUUGCUGUUUUUGAGGUCUAACCAAAAAUGCCACUCAUUGAACAGGAAUCUCUUAGGAAACCAAAGGAGACUUUAUUUAGACCCAGGACCCCUAGGAUGAAAACUCACCCUGGUCUCUACAGAGACCCCCCCCCCCUCCCCCGGCUGCUUAAAGCCCCUGUGUUUAUUCUGCAGGUUUGGAGGUAUGUCAGUCUCAUUGUGACCUGGCGUCUUGUAGGUGUAGAUGAUACUCCCUGCUGGUGCUCCGUCUUUUUCUCUGUUCAUUAGAUCUUAAAACAGGUGCCCUCUGCUUUGGGUCAGCUGUCGCUCCGCAGGAAGUGACAUCACUCAGCCAUGACAAACAGUGAUAUGAUAGCACAAACCAACUACAGAACCAGACCUGGUGAUUGGUCAUCUGCUGCCUCAGGAUCACUGCCAGAGUGGACACAGCACUCCCCGCAGGGCCCCCUCAUACGUAACGGCAGCGGUCCCUGUGUGUGACUGUCAGGCGUGCUGUUGCAGAGAUCUGAGCCUAUUUUUAUCUCUCUCUGUUUGUGGAGCAGACAGAAGCUCUGGCAGAUGGCUGACUUUGAAGAAGCAACUGGAACAAUUUCCACUGGUGGCAUUUCUCACUGACGGCCAACUGUGCCGGGCUGUGUAUGAGCUCGAGCUGACUGAUUGCACGGUUUCUACUGAUACCACCCUGAUCAUGUGAAGGGGAUCCAUGCAGGACUGCAUGAAAAGAUUCUUCACUUACCAUAUCACUUGACAAUUAAAGCUGUGUCCUGCUCUCUGUUCCACCUUUCAGAACUUUAGAGUCUUGUCCAGCUAACACUGGAAAAAGAAAACCUGAAUGAAAGCUGCAUGCAGCAUGAAAACGGCCUCCUUCACACCUUCAUGAGUGCAGAUGAGCUUUGGCAAAUGUCAGGGUGUGGAGCAGCAGCAGAGCUAUUUUGCACUGUGUUGCUUUAAUCAGAGUAAAUGUGGUUCUGAUCUUCUUUCCCCUCACACUAAAGCUCAUGAAGAUAUUUUCUCCAAAAUCAAACCUGAAGUAUGUUUGGGUCUGCCACACCCAAAGCUUUUUUUCAAUUCUGUUGGAGAGAGGAUCGAGCAGGGAGUAGGGAAACAGAGAGGUGUCUGGGCCGCUCCUCUUUUUCUGACCUUUUCCUCUGUGAAAACUUGCAGCAGACAGAUACAUCAGUCAGAAAAAGUGCUGCCCGCCUGUUUCCCACUAACUGAUGACUUCUUCUUUCUAAGUGAGCCGAAGUCCUGAUUGCUGUCCCGGCUCCUCGGCCACCAUAAAGCUCUGAGUGUUUCCGGUCUCUUCGCUGGACUCAAGUCCUGUUUGUAGGACCCAGAUUCUGGAGUCUGAACUGACAGAGAGUUUAGGGAGGAGGGUUUGUGGUCGUGAGAAACUGGGUCUGGAUUUUCUGGGACAAUUUGUACAGUCAGUGUGGAAGGAGGCCACGAGCAGGAUGCUCCUGGUUUAUACAAAAACACUCUGAGAAGGAAAAACACAUGUUCCUCCUCCAUCAUUUUACCCUCUUAUGCAACUUCAGCCUCAAACUGUGUCAGCGGAGGAACUCUUACCUAACCAAAGCCUGGUUGGAGGACCUUUUGACCUCCUAAAUGGGGGGGUAAAGUCUCCCUUCUUGCCGCCCUUGAGCCAGGGGCCUCAUGAGUCCUGCAGGAAAAUGUUUGCAUAGCUCUGACAGGAGGAACAGGAGGAUGCUUUCUGCUGAGGAACAGAGGCAGGGGUUUCUGAGGAUCUGUCUGGUUCUGGUUCAAAACAAGGGACAUGAAGCCGGCGUGUGUGUGCAAUGUAGUCCUCUCAUUUUUUUUUCACUCUCUGCCUCUGACCAGCAGGUCUGAAUGAAAACGUCUGCAGCACAGACAAACAAAGGUGACUGCAGGGUUAGUGAGACUCUCACCACACACACACACACACACACACACACACACACACACACACACACACACACACACACACACACACACACACACACACACACACACACACACACACACACACACCUCUGGAUAAUCUUUGAGUUAGAUUCAUUAUUCUUGUGCAGAUCUUUUUCUCUGCUCUUGUCUUUUCUGCACUGUCAUGUUGUUGGUGCAUCUGUCUGCACAGAGCUGCAGCAGCAGCAUCAGACCGACAGACUGCUGACUUUUGAAUGGAGUCCCAGUUCUCCUUGUUCGAGGUUUCAAGGCAGUUUCCUGUUCAAAAUGAUACUUCUGAUAAACUUCUUAAACCAUAGAGUUGAGACGGGCCAUAGACUACGUUGCCUGUCACAUGAAUUUCAGCUUUUUGGUGUUUAGUCCUUCAGUGUGCCGGUCAUUUUGUGGUUGCUUUGGCUCUAUGAAACUCAGAGGCCUGGAAAAGAAUAAAGCAGAUAAAACUUUGAAUCUGAAAAUGUUACAAGAAUCAAAAAGGCUCCUACUGAUGUUUUUGGUUAGCACAAACCCCAAAAAAGACAAAACGAGGAAGUUGAGCCUGAACGGACCAGGAGAGUCCAAAUGAACUCCCUUUCUUCUUGAGUAAAGCCAUCCUGGGAGGGAGUUUGGGAUUAUCCUUGAGCACCAGUUUAUGCAAAGGUGUUCAAUGCUCAAUAUGCCAGAUUUCGGGGGAACGUGAGACAGAAAUCCAAAUAAUGUUUGUAGCUCCUGAACUGUAAAUCUGAAUGCACUGACUCUCUUCCCUCCCUCAGGUUUACAGGAAAGCCGUGGCUCAGGUGAGUCAGGGUCUGAUACGGAGGCUGACGGUGCUCAGUCAGUAUGAGGAGGCGCUGGUUAAGAUCAAUUCUACAGCGGCUGAGAGACUGUCGGCUCUGAAGGCGAAGCCUCAGGCGGCCAUCCAGAGGGAUAUGCUGUCCAUCUGCAACGACCCAUUCACUGUCGCCCAGCAGCUCACACACAUCGAGCUGGUGAGAGAACUGAUCAUCUUAAACUCUAAAUAUCAGAUUUUUUAGGUUCUCUUCAUGGCAAAGACGGCUUCCAUUAAUGCACUGAAACCUUACAGAUAAAGAAAAAACUAAGACUUCCCAUCAAUCUUUAGUUUCAACAGGUCAAACCAAAUCAGGAUGUCAAAGUCUCAGACCAAUCAGAGUCAGUGCUGAGGACAAACGAAUAAAUCAAUGAGGAGAACAUGUGAGAGGAGGAGGAGCUGACACUUUUGAUUGAUGAGAAAUCAUCAUGGUGGUUGAACCAAGCGUCCCGGCUCCUCUCACGUUUGACUGACCGCAGCAUCAAUUUGAAACGGCAGAGUCUGACCACAGAUUUAUUUUUAUUACACCUUGGUCCGCUUCAGAGAAAAGAAUCAGCCGGACAUGUCAUAUCUAGAGCUGAGGUUUGGUUCAGACAAAAUCUGAAAGAAGGACAUUAAAGAUGCACUCUUUAUCUAGUAUGUUAAAAAAGCUGUCAAAAUAUUUCUGUGCCAAUGCAACUUCUUCUUUAUUCAGGUAAAUGGGGUCAAAUCACCUGAAAUAUAAGAGUCCUUCAGUAUCCAUGCUGUCUGGACAAUAUUUUCACAGAGAAGUCAGGAGUUAUUUUGUUAAAUGUGAUGAAGACGCAGCAAAGACUAGAAAUAUCAGACACAGUUUCAGGGCCUUCAUCAAUAAUUCUGCUUUAAUCAAUCAAUUCACCUUUUGGUAGACUCAAUAUUUUUAUACUAAAGGGGAACAAAAGCUUUUUAUCAUUUUUUAUUAAUCAUAACAAAUGAAGUCAAUCAUACAAACAGGAACCGUAUGUCCAAGUUUCCUGCAAAGUUUUGAAUUUUUGUCAUUUCCACUAUCAGACAAAGUCCAAGACCCCCAAAUCAUCAGCUCAGUGAUAUUCAAACUGUUGAUUUCAGUCAUUUCUGAGGUUUGAUUUGGCUGCAAAAGGUUGAUAAGCUUCCUCUCUCUUCUCCCAGGAAAGACUGAGUUACAUCGGACCUGAAGAAUUCGUCCAGGCCUUCGUCCAGAAAGACCCUCUGGACAACGAUAUGGUAACGUCUGCAGAGGGGGGUGUUAUGUAACCUAGUUUUGGCUGCAGUCCUGCCUGAAGACCUGAUUAGUCUGGCUCUGGUUUGGUCAGGAGUGAGACAGCCCAGUUUCUGCUGCAGUUUACACAACACGCAGACACACACAGACCAACCUGCUGCUGCAACUGGGUCAGAGCGAGGGCAGGUUAGCUGCUGCAGACUGAGUCAGGAGAUAAUAGAUGCACACAAACGCACAGACACCACAUCACACACACACACACACACACACACACACACACACACACACACACACACACACACACACACACACACAAUUUCCUAAGAUCAUCCCACUGUCUGGAUAAGAUGUACAGACAGACACACACAGUCACACACACCACCUCUCUUAGCAACUGCUGCAGCAAGUGUUUGUUUUGGAAAGGGUGUGUGUGUGUGUGUGUGUGUGUGUGUGUGUGUGUGUUUCACUUUUCUGGCAUCGGCUGCUGGGCAACAACCCCUUUUUCUUGGAGCUGCUGUGAGUGGGGGGUUAAUGCUGCCUUUGUGCCUCAGGCUGGAUGACUGCAAACCCCUAAAGAGCCCAGAAGAGAGGAGAAUAAUUGAGUGUGUGUGUUUGUGCAGGAGUGUGUGUGCAUGCUUUCUGUGCCUUUGUGUAGGUCCUGGGCAAGUGUGGGUACAGGUUAACCCUUUAAAUGCAGCCCACCGACAGGUGCAGAGGAGAGAGGGGAUCUUUUCUCCUGUUUUCCAUCAGUGAAGUCAAACCCAACAUCUCUGCAGCUGAAGAAUUCUGCUUUUCUCCACUCUCUUGUUUUAAACCAUCUCAAAUACAAACUACAUGAGCUGAACCAUGAUUUAAAAACUAAAAUAACUUGGAGGUUGUGUAGAUUUAAGAGAAAGGAACCAUACUGAAAAUACUUUUUUUUUUUUUUUUUAAUGGCGUACAGGUUCAACAAAUUUUAAAGAUAUUAAUGCAUACUCCUGCAAGUUUGUGCAACUGCUGUUGUAUGGCAUUGUUUUUUUUGCUUGUUUUAUUCUUGUUUUUCCUUGUUUUUGACAGACUCACAAUGCUGUCAUCAAUGAUUAAAGCUGGUGGACCGAUGUAGCCUCUCAGCUCAGCUUGUAGGGACUCUAAGAAUAUAAAGCUUUAUAAACACUCCAAGAAAAGAAAUCAGAAUGAGUCAGAGUAACCCUGUAAGUUCUGGCAAGUUCUCUUCUGCAGUUCCGAGUGAAACUGUUCACCGGUGGGAGAUCCUACAGGCUGUGUGGGCUGUGGGUCUGUGGGGGUGUCGGUGUCGUAAUGCAAAAGGAAUGUGUGGAAUCCGAUCAACAGUCCCCACAAAGAGGCAGCGUGCAAAAUGCAAAUAGGACCUCCUCUAUUCUGCUCCUGGUCUGAGAGUGAAGCUGAGCAUGAUCUCCUCCUCAGCCGCAUCUUAUUUAUUCUGCUCAGUCAGGCAUCCAUGAGGGGGAUAGAAGAAGAAAAAAUCCCACGUAUUUUCCAGCUCAGCACAGUUUCUGCUCUGCAGUGAUCAGAUGCUUUUAUUAAAAUCUGUCCCUGUCCUUGUUGAUGUUUCAGAGCUGCUUCAGUGAUCACAAGAGGGCCAGCAACCUGGAGGCUUAUGUGGAGUGGUUCAACAGACUCAGUUAUCUGGUGGCCACAGAAAUCUGCAUGGUGAGUGGAACUGAGAAAGAAACCUUGAUGAGGAGAAUGAAACAGAGCUCAGCGCUCUGUCUUUGGUUUGACUGAUCCAAACACAGCUAAAACUUUGGCAGGUGACUUUUCCUGAUUAAGAAGGUCUUUAUUAGAUUUAAAGUGAGCCACAUCUUACCUGACAGGAGCUCCCCUUAUUUCAAGAUGUUACUAGCAAAAAUAAAAGACCUUAAUUUGUUUUAACGAGUAAAAAAAAUCUGACAGUGGAGUCAGAAAACCUGAGAAUAGUGUCUUCAUUCAGGAAACCUAACGUGUUCUGGUCUUGCCUCACAGGCUGAUUGUUUCGCUCCCAAUGAGACAAAAACACUCGCUGAGGUUUGAGUUUUUAAAAUACCACAAAAAAUCAGCUCAAACAAAACACUGAAGAUUCAUCUGCAGAGUCAAUAAUCUUUACAUAAAGAUAGACUGUCUUCACUGAACUGGACUCUGUCACCUUUGGACUGUCACUGUGUAGAAUGAGUCAAUGCUUACCUGUCUGCAGUUGUGUGUCCAUAUUGACUUCAUUCAGUUCUUCGGAAACUUUCAGGUGCAUAAGUCAAGGCUGCAGGUUUACCAGACAUGUAAAACAAAGUUGAAGUCUAAGUGCCUGAAAGAGUUGAACACAAGCUGAAGGCUAAUCAGGAUGUUUUCUUUCUUUCUUUUUCUUUUACAAACAGCCGAUGAAGAAGAAGCAUCGAGCUCGAGUCAUUGAGUUCUUCAUCGACGUGGCUCGUGAGUGCUUCAACAUCGGCAACUUCAACUCCCUCAUGGCCAUCAUAUGUGAGUUACUUUAGCUGUCUGUCUCAAUAGUGUAUUAAAAAAAGGAAAAGUUCUCAGGGCUUGAACAGAUUGUUUCCAGAAAGUAGAUUUUUACUCCGGGAGGAACGUUCAGUUUGUGAUAACAGAACACUUUCUGUUGAUCUCCAGCUCCGCCUCUGAAAUGGUUGUGAUCAGCUGAUUUGUGUGUCUGUCUCAUUUUCUUCCCUCAGCUUGUUUUCCUCCGUGAACUUUUCUCUGUCGAUCAUUUGUAAAUCAGAUCAGUGCAGUGAAUUCAGUUCCUUGUUGAGGGAGAAUUUCACGCAGCGUUGUAAUCUUUCCCCUGGCGGAUGGAACCUCUUCUGACUUUGUGGCAGCUCGUGUCAGCCUUACAUAAUGUGCCUCAGUGAGCCAGCAGCUGAUCAUCAGGAGAGCCUUUAGUUAGAGGACGGAAACACCCAGAGUGACAUUUGUCUGCACGACUGAAAGGUCCAAACACUCAGAGAGUAGCUGCAAAGGAUCAUGGGCACUGCAGAAAACCCCUUGGUCAUAUGACAGAAGCACAGUGGUACACCAGGCCAACAUGUCCUCUACCUCUACAGAAGACAUCAACCUGCAUGUUAGGGAGAGGAGCAGAGAGAGCAGGUGUGUGAGUUAGUGGACCAUCAUCAGCAGUUCAGGGGAUCCCAGAAACAUCUCAGUGUUCGCAAGACAUCUGGUCAUCUCCACAAACCUGGGUGGGGUGGGGGUACAAACUAUGAGGCAGAUGGUCAGCACUGACCAGAGAGAAGGAGGAAGAGAGAGAGAGAGGGGAGGAUGCUGGUGUGCCGGCUGUUCUCAGGGAGAGAGAGAAACGCUGGGGGCACAUCCCCUCCACUCCUCCUCCAUCCCUGUCUCCAGGGAAACCUGCGUUUGUGUGUUUUAGUGCUUAUUGAAUCCUCAUUACCAAAUGCAAACAUUAUUCUCUGUGAGGAAGAAACCAGAAAGUGAAGCCUGAAACCAGACCAGAAAGGUGAUUUUCUAUUUUAUUUGACAGCUUUGGAGUUUUUCCUGAACCAGAUCUAAUCCUUACGAGAAAGCAAAGGGGCCCCAGAAAUCUGGAUUAUAGCAGAAAUAAAAGACUUUUUUUUUUAUUACUGCACUUGCAGCUCAUUUUAACUCUGAGUUUGAAGGGUGCUCUGUGAAGAUGAAACAGCUCAGAUCAGAGACUGAAAAAGGUAACAGCUUAUUUCAUCACUAUUUCACCAGCUCAUGAAGAUCCAGAACUCUUUUUUUAAGGGUGACCUGGUUAGAAGGUCACCCUUAAAAGCCAAACUGUCUCCUAAGAGGAAGACGAAGUCAGAGAGGAUGAGGAAGACGAGGAGAGGGCAGGAUGAGGAGAAAACUAGUUUGAGUGGUUAAUGGGGGGUUUCUAUUUCUGUGACUCUGAGCUCUUUUGUCCACUGCAGGGAUGUUUUGUGUCGUCACUCUGCUCUGAUAGUGACCCCUCUGUGUCUGAACCCACACACACACACACACACACACACACACACACACACACACACACAGGAUUAGCAUAUGGGAAGCAGAGCUCUGGGAGGGGAAACGAGGCAUGUGUUAACUCCUUUGUUUCGGCGGCCCUUUGCUUCACUGCAUCACACGAAACAACAGAGAGAAAGAAAAGGGACGAGGGGGGAGGGUUUGUGUGUGGUGGGGGUGCCACCAUGUGUCAGAGCCAUGAUGUUUAGGUGUCUUCUCGAACAUCUGACAUCUCUCUUUCUCUGUCUCCUGUUUGUCUUCGUCUCUCAGCUGGGAUGAACAUGAGUCCAGUCUCUCGGCUGAAAAAGACCUGGAGCAAAGUCAAGACGGCCAAGUUCGACAUCUUAGAAGUGAGUUUGUGUGGAAACCAAAACAUGUGUUUAAAAGUAGAACUCCAUAUAAGUUUAUGUUCAAUUUGGACCAACCACAGUGUUUUUUUUAACUCUGUUGUAAUCCAUUAUCAAUUUUAACUCAAAGCUGAACUCUUGCUGUUUGUGCAGAAGAAAGCUGAGGCGUCUGUCUUUGACAUUUUCUCAUUACAUCAUCACUUUGUUCCUACCUUUACUGCAUCUUUUUGUUUUUGCACAUCAGCUGUGGGAGUUUGUGCAACUCAGAGUUGCAGUAGGCGGCUGCAGUCUUGCAGCAGGAGAUCACAGUUUACAUAAUCCUGUUUAGAAAGAUAUAAACCAAAAGCUGUAACAGUGAAAGCAGAAACACCAGGACUCCCAGUAUUUAGCUGCUGCAAAUUCAAGGUCUAUGAAGCUUUUGAAGGCUUUGAAACCAUAAUGACUGCUCUUGUGUUUGUUUGCAGACUUUCAAAAACUUCAACAUUUGUAGAAUUGAAAUGAUUUCUGUGGUAUUCACAAGUUUUUCUCAGAUUACACACCUCAGUUAGUUCAGCAGUUUUGACCUUUUGGGUUCAGAGUCCUUGAGUGAGACAGGUUUUUAUGAUGGUUACUCUACAGACAAAUACAAAGAAACGUAGACUCGGACAGAUACAGUGAAACUGGGAACCACUGGAGACACAAACAAUCGUGCUGAGACUCAGUGGGGACAGAUCCAGGGGAUGAGGCUGGAGAUUUAGGGUCUGAAAGCCAAAGAACGUGGAGAACUCACUGCGCUUUAUGUUUGAAAAUGUUUAUGUUUAUGUCAUCCAGUUAGAAAGCUGAAAUCCACCACCACGGUCUUUACACCUGCAUUUAUCCAGAGUGCAUCCUCAGAGCCCAGCAGACUUUCAGUUACUCUUUGAUGCAGCAGAUCUGGGCUGCAGAUGAGUGGAGCUGGGAGUCUCUGAGAGCUUUUCAGUUCUUCUUCAGUGGAGACCCCCUCUGUGUCCUCCUCUGUUUGAUCUCCUACCUGAGAGUUUUAUUUGAGGAGAGUCUGAGCUUGAACCUUCUCUCCUCAGAGGUUAAUUUUCAAAAACUUGUAAUCUUUCAUCCUCAUUUCUGCAUCACAUGACCUCACAGGAGGAUGUGGUAAGGUUGGAGUAACUGCCCCACUGCUAUCUCAAACUUCUAUCUGUGACUUUGCUUCAUUUUUUUAAGCUUUAAGUUUUUAAAUACAGGAACCGUUUGUGAAUUUCAGCUCCUCUCCUCUGUGAUUGAUCUGUUUUCAUCAGAUGUAGCCCUUAUUCGAGCUAACCACUAUCUCUUCCUCUCCACAGCAUCAGAUGGAUCCUUCCAGCAACUUCUACAACUACAGGACGGCCCUGAGAGGUGCCACGCAGAGAUCCAUCACCGCCAACAGCAGCAGAGAGAAGGUGAGUUCUCAGCACACCUCGUACUCUCCCUCUGCUUUCUUGAAUAUAUCACCUUUGAUUCUGCAGAGCUCAGCUCCUCUCUGAACGCUCUCUGCUGGGCAGGAGGGAGAAAACCCAAACCUCAUGCUGAUGUUUAAAGCAUGAAGGGAAAUUGGGUCAAGAUGAAGAGGCCUAGAUUACAAAUCAAACACUUUCGUUCUACUACAGACCAGGCAGCAGCAGCAGCAGUGUUUACUCCAGCUAUCCUCUGCACUAAGUCAACACAGGCUGCUCUGUCAUGACAAACAUGCUGUCUCCUUCACUCAGGCCUGAAACUCACAACCAUCUAAUCUGCUUCUAAGACUGUCGAGAGACCACAUAAAGGAGGAAGGAUGACGUGCACCACUUCAUCUGAGGAGUUAAAUCAACUACUGAUGAAUCCAGAACUUCUGCCAUACUCAGGGUCAGGGUCGGGGUGUGCAGGGGGGCUGCUCUUAUUGGCUGGCUAAAUUUAGCCUUUUGAAAGUGUAGAUGGAUGCAGAGGCAGAAAAACACCAAAACAUGGCGAGCGCUCCAGGAGAACCUGCAGGAGAAGUGGUAGUACCUAAAGAGCUGCUGAUGUUGAGUCAUAAACUGUCCGUUUGUUUUCAGUCUGUGUCAAAGUACCUGUAGAUUUGUAUCGACCCUUGCGGUGGUUAGCAGAAACACACACACAGAUGCAGCACCUGCAUACUGGUGUUCAAAAGCAGCCUCUGUUUUCUUUGGUUCUACAGUUCUCGGCUACAGUGUCGAUCCUUCUGUUGGUUUCUGCUCCCCAAAACAGAGCAGUUAGCUGUUAGUCUGCCUCAAACCUUUGACUUUUUGACAUUGCAACACCGGAGCAAACCCAGAGGAGUGAAGGAGGACAUGGUGCUGCUUGAGGAGUUGGAUUGGUUUUAUGUGCAUACCAACACAAAUCCCCCCUGUUGUUGCAUCAUCACAGGAAAGGUAGAAGCUCUGGUUCCCCAGCAGAUGGUCUGCAGAAACAAUUCAGAGGUCUAUUUAUUUAUCAGCUAGAGGAAGGCCACAUUUUUUGUGCAUGGGUGAGGACUGUGGAGACCUUGAAAAAUAUGUUUUUCUGUCUCUUUUUCAUUUUUUUUGCCUUGCACAGACUCAGUUGCAAAACAUUUAUAGAAAAACAAAAGUUAGAAAAGCUGUGCUCUAGAUUCUGGCUGAUGUUUUACAUAUUUGGCUAAAAGUCACUGAAGAUAAAUAAUCUCUGGGCUGUGUUUUAUUCCAAACUUUCAGCAGCUGCUGUAGAAACCAAGAGUGACCGAUGAGUUUAAGAUGAAACCUCCUGACCGCUCUGACCACAGUGUGUGAGAGGGAGUUCAGAUUAUUAUCACGCUGCAUCUUUGCAUGUUCUGCAACGUGAACAUGAGGGACAGGAAGUCAGAGCUGAAAAACAAACCAUGGCCUGGCCUCUUGCUGUUCUUAUCGUGUUUACAGCAGAAAACAGAAGCGGACAGGAGGGGGGAGGUUACAUAACAGAGGCACUCAGAGGUCGAGCUAUAAGUGGGUCAAGAUGGGAGGAGGGGUCUUAGCCCCUUCUUCAUCAAACAAGAGGAAAACAACAUGACUGCCUGCCAGAUCACAUCGUGUUCCUGCUCUGGAGGAGCUCGUGGUCAGCCACACGUCAUCAGUUAGCCUCUCCCAGUGCACCACAUAUUGGAUCCGAGUGUUUAUCAUAAACAGAGGGGAGUGUCAGUGAGAGUGACUCCCUGAGGUUUGAGAGGGAGGCCCCAUGGAGCAGAAACAACAGCAUGUCAAAAACACAAAGUUCCCAAGAAGUCUGGCAUGUCGUCGCCCUCCUGACCUCCUCUUCUUCAUCUUCUUCUGGGGAGAAACGGGAGGGGCAGGGCUGUUUACAAUUUCCCUGAGAAAUCCUCAGAGCUUCAGAAGAUCAGAACAGAUUCUGAUCUGCUCUUGCCUGUGCAGAUGCAGCAGUUUUCUGCAGCUUUGAAAAGAUUUUAACAGUUUUUCUGACAGAAGAGGGGCUCAUGGUAUCACAUCCAAAAAUAUCCCUCCUGUUUAUGACUAUAUCUACAGUUUUCUAAUCAAACUAACGCAGAUCUGGGUUAUGAUCUGAAGAUUGAUAAAAAGUUAACACCAUCUGAGACUCUGAUCAUCAAAAUCAACAUGUUUACACCAAGAGAAAUGUAAAUCCUUUAUUUUCUUACUGAUGAUGAUCAAACCCAAAAAGCUGCAAGAUUCUGUUGAGUAGAUCUAGAUCAGGGGUCGGCAACCCGCGGCUCUGGAGCCGCAUGCGGCUCUUUCUUCCCUAAGCUGCGGCUCCCAAUGGAUUUGGAAAAUAAAUAAUAAAUACUUAAUUAAAUUUUAUUUUAUUUUAUUUUAUUUUUUUUUUGUAAUUCUAAAUUAAAAGAUUAUAAUGCUCUUGUAACAUUAAAUAAACUAUGUUAAUUUUUUUUAUCUACUUUCUUAUCUGAGACUAUUGUUUGGCUCUGCCAGAGAUUCACAGUGAUGUGAAUGCUGAAAUACUCAGAAAUGCAAUUUUGCACUAAUAUUACAUCCUGUAUUAUGUCCUGUGGCAUCAGGAAAAUGAUAUAUGAACAUGUAGACAACAAGAAUAACAUGAUUUUCAUUGAAGUGGGUCUUCAAGGUUAUUUCUAACUAUUUUAGAUAUUUUUAUUUGCCUGCAGAAAUAACAUUUAUUUUUCUCUGCAGCAGUUCAUUUAUUUCAUAAAUGCAACUCGCUACAGUUUUUUUAUAUACUUUGUAUAAAGGUAAAAAAAAAAAAAAGAUAUAUGCAAUGUUAUCUUCAUUUUAGAUGUCAAAGAGGUUUUGUGGCUCCCUGUGUUUUCUUUUCUGUGGGAAACUGGUCCAAGUGGCUCUUUGAGUGUUUAAGGUUGCCGACCCCUGAUCUAGAUGAAUAGAAACGGGUGUCCUCCAACCAUCAAACCUCACAAAGGUCCGGCUUUAGAAAGCUUCUUUGUUUCAUCUUUUGCUGUAAACUCAUCGUCCUGCAUACCCAGAUGUUUGGAGUCAUGCACAUGUCCAUCCUGCUCUGAUUGCAUCGUAUGCAGACUGUCUUACUUUCAGCAUGGCUUCACCUGUGGUCACCUGCACCCAGAUUCAGCAGAAGGUCAAGGAGGAGGAGGAGGAGUUUCACCUGCAGAGGUUUAGAGUCACAAAGAUGUCUGACUGUCGACUCUUGUGGGGAGCUUGUUUUAUUGAAGAGCAGCCUCUGAAUCAAACACUUUUCUGUUGUGUUGAGUAAAAUAUUCAGAUGGUUGUCUGCUCAGUCUUUGCUCUUCAGACUUCUAGGGGCUCCUCUAGCAUGAAUGUUUGCUGUUCUGUGGUGUCAGGGCUGUCAGGAGAGAGGUGACACUCUUUUAGGUCACUGUCAGAUUGCAGAGAUCUGCAGAAACAGGAACAAAAGUAGAUUGUAUUUAUCAGAGAGAGACAGCAGCAGGAGGGUUUGAUUUCCAUGACCCUCAGCUUUACCUCCUAUUUAACUGAGUAAACCACCCUGAAACAGUCUGGUUCCUGGUCUUGCUCUCUGUCUACAUUAGUUAAUACAGACAUGCAGUGACCUGGAUUUUGGUGUCUGGUUGGUGUGAUGAAUUAUUCAGGGGACUUUAAUGGGGAGUUCAUCUUCUAUGGAAAACCCAUAUUUUCAUUUCUGUCUUCUUCAGAGCUGUUAUUUGUGAGCUGUUAUUUUAGGUGCUUGGAUGUUAUCUUUAAAGUCAGAGAGAGAGAGAUGCAGAUGCUCUUUUCUCUGGAACUGAUGUUACAGAAACAAAAGGUCCUCCUUUUCCUCUGAACCCUUGCUCACAGAGACCGUACACAGGUCUGUCUGUCUGUCUGUCAUGGAGAAACCCCUCACUCCUCCUAAUCCCUCUCUUCCUGUCCUCUUUCAGAUCGUCAUCCCUUUCUUCAGCCUACUCAUAAAGGAUAUCUACUUCCUUAACGAAGGCUGUGUCAACCGGCUGCAGAACGGACUCAUCAACUUUGAGGUAUGAGGGAGUUUCCAUGGCAACAGACGACUCCAAAUCUGAAUGGUUUUAUCAGAAAGUGUGGCUGUAUUUACUAAUCAUAGCAACAGAUUCAGAGCUUUUUAUUUCCACUUCCCUAAAGGGGUGAAGUCAGGCAAAAGAGUGAACAGACACACUGACCGCUGACCCUCACACUCAUGGUAUUUCCACUGAUCUCUGCCCACAGUAACCGUGAAUCAGACUCUAUUUUUAGGACUGAGUCUGUCAUGGGAGCCUCUGCUGGCUGCUUUUCUGUCCCACCCUGUUAGGAGUUUGAUAAACACAUCAGAACAGCUGAUUAUUACAUAAUUUAAAGACAUUAGCUCACUUUGUCUUUAGAGGUCUUUUACCUUCAUCAGAAGUCUUUAGAUAUGAAGUCUGACCUGUGUUAUGUGGCUUUGGUCUAUUUCAGAAAUUCUGGGAGCUGGCCAAACAAGUGAGCGAGUUCAUGACGUGGAAGAAAGUGGAGUGUCCGUUUGAGAAGGACCGUAAAAUCCUGCAGUACCUGUUAACGGCACCGGUGUUCACUGAAGAUGGUAUGUUCAGCACUGAAUCCAUUAAGAGAUUAACUACGAAGGAUGUUUGUGCAAAAAUCCAACUGAUAUUUCUUAGAAUUUUGCAGGAGCUCUGUCUUUGAAACUUUCCUAAUAAGUCCUUUGUUGUGAAGUUUUCCAUGUGUGAUGAGCUGAAGGGAGGCUCUGAAGGCUCUCUCUUAAAGCCGAUGUAAUAUUUAAAUAUAUUGACUAACUGCUCUGUUUUCUGCAGUUCUAUGAGUCUGAGGUUGAUCUUAUAUUCAGUUUUAAAUGAUCUGCUUCAAUAAUGUAAUCAAUACCUCUAUUAUCUUUGUCUCAGUCCCCUCAAAGACUCAUUAACACCAGAUCAAUAUGCCAUUAGGUUUUCAGUGACGCUAAUGGAGUGCCUCAGUAACACAUACCCAAUGAGAGAGAGUCAUAUCAAGAAUACCAUGAUUCCUUAAGGGUCAGAGCAGCUCCUAGAGUUAUUACUACACAUUUAUUUUUAAUUGAGUUAGUUUAUGAACCAACAUUUGUGGCAGUAUGAAUGCAUGCGUCAAUGUAAAUAAGCCAGAAUUAGCCCAGUUUAUCACAGUUUGUGUGUAUUAAGUUCACAGAAAAUUGCCAUUUCUAUUCAAACCCUGUAAAUAGAACUGAUGAUGAGUUUCUGGUUUCCUGCAGCGCUGUAUCUGGCAUCAUAUGACAGCGAAGGUCCUGAGAACAACAUGGAGAAGGACAGAUGGAAGUCUCUGAGGUGUGUAUGAGCCCCAUCUAAGACACACACACACACACACUAAGGGUUUUGCAGUCUUUCCAUCAUGGGUGUCACACUGUGUCCCCUCCUGCAAAAUCAGAGGGAUGUGGGUCACACACCAAUGCUAACCUGCACUCUGGUCAAUAAAUGCAUGAAACACACACACACACUAGAGCUCAUCAGUCUUCUGGGUCACUCUGUCGCUGGCAUGGAUGCUCAUAAAGGACAUCACUCAUUUUCACACAAUGACACACACACACACUCCCUAUUAUCACAGCAGUCUGGAUGUGUAUCAGAGUGUGUGUAUCUGUGUGUAGUCAGAAGAUGGAUGGAAGGAGCCUGUCUUAGAUGGCUCUUAUUUAAUUCGUUAAAAAAGCCCCAGGAUCUUACGGAGAUUUUCUGACUGCAGAAUCACACGCUGACUCUUCUCUGACACAAUCUUUCUCUGAGACGUUUAAUCCAAAGCACUGCUCUGCUGCAGAGUUUAAACUUCCUUCAGUUCAGGAAUCAGGGAAAAGAAAGCAAAGAGAAUUAUGUGCAGGGUUUUUCCAUUAAGAUUAGCCGAGAUACGAUGCAGUACAAUUGUACUUGAUAUUUGAUAGGAGCAGCAAGAUGGCUCAAUUGCGGGAAGACAGGAUACGAUACUAUACGAUUAGAUUAGAUUAGAGGUGACACCGUUGGAUACAUGAUUCAUUUUGUUUUAUUAUGUUACCGCAUUAUUUGAUCUAACACAAGACAUUACAAUAUGAUUUUAUAUGAUAUAAACUGAUCUAUUAAGGUUUGACACAACACAGCAGGAUACAGUAUAUUCUGAUACAAUACAGUAUGUUGAGAUUUGGUACAGUAUGAUUCGAUAUGAUCUGUCAUAUGAUACCUUAUGUUCAAAAAGAUUCAAUACAACAGUUACAUUUUAAUAUCAAACAACAUCUAAGCAUGAUGUAUGUAAUUUGAUGGGAUAGGAGUUGUUACAAUAACAUGAUUAUAAUUAUAAUAUUCUGUUAUAAUCAAAUUCUGUAUAAUUUAGUACAAUUUCGUGUUAUAUAUUCUGUUCAUAAUUAUAUUCUAUCUGUCGGUCUGUCUGUUCAGGUGUUAUGAUACAAUGAUAUAUGAAACUAUAACAAACAGUAAAUUUCUUUACAGUUUGAUGUGACACACUUGCUCACAUGCAUCUAUAAUAAACCAAAUGAAUAGAAAAAUAUUACAAACCAACAAUAACCUACAUACAAUCUAUCUCAUGAAUGAUAAACACAGAGGCAGUAUGUUUAAUAACUGAGAGCUGACAGUCUUUCCGGAGGCAGUUAAAUCUGUACAUGUGAACACAUGAGUCAGAGCUGCUGGCAUAGUCCGGGGUGAGAGCAGGUUUUAAACCUGGAGCUCUGAGAGAGUUUGGUUAACUGUGUGUGCGUGUGUGGUCCCAUUUUCACAUCCUGUGCCAAACUGCCCUGCAUCCCCCCUGAGCUUUGCCUCCACUGCGACACGAUCUGUCACUUUAUUCCAGCCAAGCCGUGUCAGCAGAACGUGCUGCUCAACACUGCAGUCACUGUCUGUCUGCACACUCACACACACACACACUGACAUUGCUGGAGGUGCUCUGCAGAUCAUCUGUUGCUGCAGCUCAGAUUCUGCUUUAAAUAUGUGAAAAAGACCAAAAUAGUCUCUCAAAAACACGUUAUAAAGCAGGUUUAUCAGAUUUGUAUAUGCUGAUAAAGGUUUUUUUGCUGGUUUUGAAAUAAGACUUCUGUAUACAGUUUUCUUAGUCGCUUUGGUGCAUUUCUCACAUAACUAUCAACAUUUGCUCAACAAUAAGUGCAUUUCUCAAAACACCAUUGUCAAAAAGAGUCAGAUUUUGGUGAGACAACCUGAAAAAUGCUAACAGAUCACAAUGAGGAUUGUGCAGCUGCAGUGUAGAAAAUAUCUUCAUCUAUCUUAUUUAACAGCUCUUUUCCUCUCCACAGAUCCACUCUGCUAAGCAGGGUCUAA